CGAAGAACCAUCGGCUGCGAUCAUAGAACUUUGUCGUCGUACUCCAAACAGAAUCUAUACGAUGCCUCAAGAUUACUCGUUAGAAGCCGUUCAAAAACGUCUUGAAUCACAUGCGCAGACGUUCGAUACUCUUCUCAAACUCAUACCUGCAAAGUAUUAUAUCACAGACCACACCGAUGAUGACAAGCCAUCAAAGUUUAUGAAGAACAAGCGAAAACAAGCCCCAAAGCAGGCUGUGAAAGAAGCAUCAAAGAAGGCAAAGAAGGCCAAGCUUGAUCCAGAGAGCCAUAAAACCGUUGCUGAAUUACAACAGGAAGCUGCUGAACGCAAGGAGGCAGAAAAGAAACCGCAAGCUGCCGUAGUAGACGAUGAAGAUAGCGAAAGCAACGAUGAUGCUGAAGAUGAUGAAAUGAUUGAAGCCAAUUUUGCCGGUUUGAGUAACGGCAUUGCCUCCGACGAUGAAGAAGAUGAUGAGGAGGAGGACGAAGAUGAACAAGAUAAAAUGGACACAUCUGAUUCUGCAAAUAUUACUCCAAUGGUCAAGACCGACAUCUCUGAACUUAAGGAACGUCUCCACAAGCGCAUCGCCGAUUUGCGCAAGAACCGAAAUGCACCAAAUAGCGACGCUGCUAACCCCAAGAGCAGAGAUUCCAUAUUGCAAAGCCGAAUGAAGCGCAAGCAAGAUAGAAAGAAGAGCUUGCAAGCUCAGAAGGAGAAGAGAAGCAAGGGUGCUGUUAACGAAGAAAUUAUCCAGGAAUCAGCGCCCGUCAACAAGGGCAAGGUCGAGAAAUACUCUGCCAGCUCCAUUAAGGAUGAUGGGGAUCUCUUCUUUGGUAGAAUCGAAACCGGUGCUGAGCACAAGAAGAAGAAGGGCCCAAGUGAUGCCAAAACACAGCUCAAGGCUGUUGAAGCUAAGCAGCAAAAGCUUGAAAAACUUCGAAAAGAAGAUAAGGAGAAGGCUGGACAGUUGGAAGAGAAGGAGACUUGGAGAAAGGCAUUGUCUCUUGCUUCUGGUGAAAAGGUUAAGGAUGACGUCAAGUUGUUGAAGAAGACGAUAAGACGUGAAGAACACGUCAAGCUUAAGAGUUCCAAGGCAUGGAACGAACGUAAGGAGAAGGUUAAGAAGGAUGAAUCCGACAAGAUCAAGAAGAGAAACGCCAAUAUCCAAAAGAAGGUGGAUGCCAAGAAAGACAAGAGAAUGGGCAAGAAGCCUAAAGCACCUAAAGCACGACCAGGAUUUGAAGGCAAAGGCAAGAAGCCCAUGCACGCCAGCAAAAAGGCCAAAGCUAGCAAAAGGAGCGCAGAAGGCAUGAACAACAAGAAGAAAUAAUUCCCCUCCCAAACGUUGUUUGAAUACACUCACUUUUUGCUUUAUUACUUUGCACUUUAAACCGCAUUUCCCCUCUACACAUUUGCCAUUUUUCAAGCACUGUAUUUUUUAAAUAAAAAUUCUUUUUUUUGAUGACGCUGC